AUGAACGGAGUUUCAGGCCGUGGGCAGGGCUCAGCUCUGGUUCCUGGGACACGAACGCGGACACACAUCCCAUCCGACCGACAGGCUCUCCCCAGCGCUGCCGCCGAGCCGGGCGGACUGGCGGGGCGGCGCUGUGGGCGCUUGCGGCGGCGCUCCGGCGGCUCCUCUGUGGUGCCACCGCGUGGGCGGAGAGCCGCUUCCCUUCCCUUCCUUGUUUGCCGGCGGGAGGUGACAGACCAAGAGCCGCGAUGUGGCGGAAACGUGCUGGCUCUUCGCCAAAUUUCCCAGAGAACCAUAAGCACUGCUUCACGCAGGCAGUUUGAAAACAGAGUUCCUGAGCAUCAGAAACUUUUUCAGGAGGAUAAUGGCCUCCCAGUGCAUCUUAAAGGUGGUGCAAAGGAUGCUCUGUUGUAUAGAACCACCAUGGUUCUAACGGUGUUUGGAACAGUCUAUUGUAUGUAUCAUCUGGUUGUCUCUUCAAUGCCCAAGAAGCAGAAAUGAUUCCAGUUCAGGAUGCCUCAGUGACUAAACAUCUCUUUGUCCAGUUCCAUGUGACUAUGGUGGCAGGUUAUACUUAUUAUAAGCAGCUGGCUGAAUGCUUGGAAUCAUAAAUUAAUUGUAACAUGUUAACUGCAAUCAAUAAAGCAGUUUAUACGUGGUGG